GGCGGCCAGUCGACGAGAACGUUUCGCCGCGCCGCUCGCGCCCUCCGCGCGACUCCCGCCAACAGACUUGUCAGAUCGCGAAACAAUUAUUUUUUAAAAUCGACUUUUUUUUUAAAACGCGAACGUAUCGAAGGAAACGUUGCCGGAGUCCGCGGAGUCCCCACGUGACACCUUUCGGCCAGUCGUCCAAAUUUACAAACAAUAAUUCGGGUCCGGUUAACUUAAAACUCUGAUGACAAUACACCGAACGCCGAGAUAGCUGCUCGUAACAUGGACACGAGCGGCAAAUGAUCGCGUCGAUAAACAAUAAAUUAUGAAACGUAGAAAAUAUGACACAAUGGUAUCAUUUCUAAAGUUCAUAAAAAUACCAAAAAAAGUACACCAGCACAAACGGAGUCUAUGAUAAAAUGACCAACGCUCGUACCACUGCCAUUAUAAAAAGUGCCUUACCAACAACGAACUGUAAGUGAAUUAAAAAAAAAGUUAAUUAUAAAAAUUCUGGUGCUUCGAAACAAUAAAUAGAGUAACGGAUCAAAAUAAUGUUAGUGACGGAGAGGGGACAAAAAGUAUGUGAGAUCCGUCUCAAGCGUUUAAGAUGUUAGACGUUUUUCGCGGUUUAAAAAAUCUUAUAAAGGUGAACUAUGUACACAUUGACUCGCCAGUGUUCAGGUUACACUACUCCAUCACCGUCAUCUUGCUGAUAGCGUUCAGCUUGAUCGUGACUACGAGGCAAUACGUGGGGAAUCCUAUAGACUGUAUCCACACCAAAGAUAUUCCGGAGGACGUGUUGAACACGUAUUGCUGGAUCCAUUCCACGUACACCUUGAAGAGUUUCUUCCACAAGAAGGUCGGCGUGGAGGUGCCGUACCCCGGCAUCGGGAACAGCCGAGAGAAAGGGAAGGAAGAUAUGAGUGACAGGAAGAUAUACAAGUAUUACCAAUGGGUCUGCUUCUGCCUAUUUUUCCAGGCGAUGCUGUUUUACGCUCCGCGCUGGCUGUGGAAAUCCUGGGAGGGGGGAAAGAUCCGGGCGCUGAUGAUGGAUCUUGACGUGGGAGUCUGCACCGAGAUAGAAAAGAAGACGAAGAAGAAACUCAUACUGGACUAUUUGUGGGAGAAUCUCCGCUACCACAACUGGUGGGCUUACCGCUACUACUUGUGCGAAGGGCUCGCUCUUAUAAACGUUAUAGGGCAAAUGUUUCUAAUGAACCGCUUCUUCGACGGCGAGUUCAUGACCUUCGGUCUGGAUGUGAUCGCCUACAUGGAGUCCGACCAAGAGGACCGGAUAGAUCCUAUGAUCUAUAUAUUUCCAAGGAUGGUCAAAUGCACAUUAUUCAACAAGUUUGGGUCCUCCGGCGAGGUUGAGCGACACGAUGCGCUGUGCAUCUUACCGCUGAAUGUCGUCAACGAGAAGAUUUAUAUAUUCCUCUGGUUUUGGUUCGUCAUACUCGGCACCCUCACCUUCAUCACUCUCGUCUAUCGAAUCGUCAUUAUCUUCUCUCCGCGCAUGCGCGUCUACAUGAUGAGAAUGCGCUUCAGGCUGGUGCGGAGAGACAACGUCGACACCAUCGUUCGGAGGAGUAAAAUGGGUGAUUGGUACUUGCUCUACAUUCUCGGAGAGAACCUUGACUCCGUGAUAUUCAGAGAUAUAAUGCACGAGUUCGCUAAUAAGCUGAAUCACAACUACCAGCACCACAUUCACGGCGUUCCGGACGCGUGACCUCCGAUCCCAGGGUGGGUUUUCCACACGUGACUGACGUCGUUGCAGCGCGACAUGGACCCGCCCGUCUAAAGUGCGCUGGAACUCAUCAAGUGUCUACACACUACAAAGAGAACAAUCUCUUUGUUCGUAUGUAAGCAAAAUUAAAACGGGCUAAGUCAGCUGCCUUGCGGCACCCCUCGCCCAGGCCGGACUGUUAUUACGCGGAGUGUACGAUAAUAUAUCAAAGACUUGUUUAAAAGAUACUCGUAAUCGUACAGUGCAAUUCUAAAUAUGCAAUAAAAUAAUAAAUUGUACUUAAUAUUUAAGAAUGUGAUCUCAGGAUGAAUCCUAUCGAAAGCCUUAUCGAAGUCGACAGUGACGGCUAUCCCGUUAGAAUAACUAGUGUUCAACUUUUAGAAGUAUUUUUACUUGUAGUUUCGCUGCUCGUAGUAACUGUUUGUCAAGACCGCUUCGUUUUUUUCUACUUUAGCUAAUAUUCGAGAAUAAGCACACAGAUGGCACAUCGUUUAUCUUUUACACGAUUUCUCACUUGCAAGGAUUUGACAGACCAAGAAGGAAUUAAAGCAAUAAUAAUGAAACUAAUAAGUAUUAUAGCGUUAGUUAUCGUAAUUGGAAAAUGCAUUAUAUAUAACGCAUUACAUAGAUACAUAUAUAUGUUCUCUCUUUCAGAGCUCUUGAGUCGGGCGUCCACUUUGGUCAUUUACAACUGACGUACUUACCUUUUGCGCGCCAAAAGACAUUUUACGUUCAAUUUUAAUACAGUUAAAGGAAAUGAUUCUUAUAUUUAUAGAAUAUAAGCAGCAUCCAUAAAAUUAACACAAUAUACUGCUAAAUAAGUUCCUUUUGUCGAAACGAAACUAUAAAAAUAGACAAUCACUCAUACGUGUUCAAAGUAGUAAGUACGUUUACGAAAGUGACUGACAUUAUGGAAAUUGUAAAAUAAUUGAAAAAAAUAAUCGAACGUAAGUUCGUGAAUCCUGAAUUGCAUUUGGAUUAUUUUGAAAUGUAUAUUAAUGAUUCCAAAAAUGGUUUAGAGUUUAGUACCGAGUUAGACGAUGGUAUAGUUGUGACUAAUGCGUUAAUCGUGUUAGAAAAUGUAAAGUUGUUAAAAAGCUGUUGUGUUUAUUAGUAGAGAAUAUUGUUAAUAUGACGGUUGUUUGUCUAUAACGAUUUAAAGGAUAAUGUGGCACCAUCUUUACGAUUGUUUUGUAUUAAUCGCAAUGUUAGACGUUGACUAGAAUCCUAUAAUUAUAAUACCCAAAAUGUUCGCUUUUAAAUUCUUCUAAGAUAAUUAUAUUUUGGGUAUCUUAAUUACGACCCUAGUACUGUUUAACAUCACAACAAAUUGUUUAUAGCUCUAAGCGUUCACUUUAUAAAUAUUUAUAUCUAGUAAGAUAAAAGGUUUUAUAAUUUAUUAUUGGUUUAAAGUGGACAUAUAGCUAUGUUACUGGCCCAGCAAACGACGAUCAGUAAUCAUAACAAAAAUAUUAAUUGAUGCCGUUUUAGAAAAUGUAUAAAUUUCGAUUUGUUACAUUACUGUAAUUUGAGUUUUUGAGAAAACAUUUCGUGUUUAUGUUUGUAAGUGCUUUCUAGAAAGUUCUCAUUCAAUUCUAAGAUAAAUUGAAUCUAGUUUGCGGGGCUUAGUAACACAAACAUGCAUAUUUAUCUAGUCAUUAAUAUAAUGGAAUAAAUGUAAACAAUCGGGGUCGACCGCGUAAUAAACAAAGACCAUUGCGUUUCGUCACGAAGCGGGUGCACCUCAGGUUGUUUUCAUUCGUUGCUCUUUAAACCAAAGUGUAUGCAGAUUUACGAUAAAUGAGAGUCGGAUCAGUAUUGUAAUACGUAGAAAAAAUAUGCCAAAUAUUGUGCCAAAGUUAUAAUAGAGGCGACAUUGUAAAGAGAAGACGG